AUGGCGAAACGUAGCGAACGAGAAGAUUCUCCGGAGGAGCCGCCGUUAAAACGCACAAGGCAACCAGACCGCCUCUCAGCUCUUAGUGAUGAACUACUUCUCCACGUCCUGAGUUUCCUGUCCAUCCCGGCUUUAAUAACGUGUCAGAGGGUGUCUCACAGAUUUGCGGCGCUCGCAGGAGACUCGGAGCUAUGGAAGCGCAAAUACUACUCUCGCUGGGUAUGGCCGAGAGCAAGACGGAUACGGCAAGUCAGGCAGGGUAGCACUGUCAAAGGCUCGUUUGACUACUCGCCUCAGGUGUCAAACUGGUUUAGUCAUGGCCCUUUGACUCAAGUGGGUGAGGACAGGAAUUGGAAAGGCCAGUAUCGACUUCAGCACAACUGGUCAAGAGGGUCAUGUCGAGUUACAGAGGUAGAAGUGGCUCAGCGCCCAGUCAGUCCUGUGGUGGUGAAAUUGGAGCAUGGGAUUGUUUUCACGGCGGAUAUGGAAAAUGGACUUCGAGCGUGGUCGAUAAAAGAUACCAAAGCGUGUCUUGCAACUAUACCGUGUUCAGGCAUUGGGCCCGCUUACACCGAUCCUGGAGCGCCUACCGCAAUGGCAGUGACUGCAAACGAUCUAGAACAAAGCCGUUUUGACGUUACAAUAGGGUUUAGAAAUGGUGGCAUGGCCGUGCAUUCGUUUGAUUUGGUACCUGACGGAGAAUCGGCCUUUGAACUUCAGUUAUGGCACCCAGGCUCGGGGGCGGAAGAGGCAGCCAUAACGGCUCUGGCAUUUCACAAGGAAUUUCUACUUGCCAUAUCAGAAGACAAUGUCCUGUACCUUUAUCAACUAUUCUCUGAUGAUUCCCAACAGUCAGGACUGGACAGAAAUGAGAAGACAAAGAGGAGACACUCCAUACGGCUGAUUGCGUCGCUUGUCGCGAACAACAUACAGUCACCGUUUUCUCUUUCAGUCCGCACAACGUCUACCCAUGCCAUUGCAUCUGUGAGCUAUGCCUUCCCACGCAUCGGCUGUGGCUGGUCUGUCGGAAUCCAGGAGCUCUACUGGAGUAAAGUUGGCGGAGAUCUAACGUCUCGACUCGCAACGACCGUGGACUCCCAGUACCUCGCCAGCACACUGACGCAACCGGCUACAGGUCCACAGAUAAAAGGGCCCAAGCAGAUGACGUUGACACUAGGUUCCUCUGGCCAUGUUUCCUCCUCUACCCCGUCGCUAUCUUACACCCAACCCCCUACAUCACUUUCCUAUUCCCACCCUUAUCUUCUUGCAUCCCACGCCGACAAUACACUGACGAUGUACCUAGUUGUGUCGACGGUCGAUAACUUAUCCAUUAAGACCGGUCGACGGCUCUGGGGCCAUACAUCGGCUGUGUCUGGCGUGCAGGUGAGCUCGCGAGGGAAAGCAGUAUCAGUGAGCACAAAGGGAGACGAAAUUCGCAUCUGGGAACUUGAAGAGGUGAUAUCGUCUCGCCCAGCAUCAAAGGCGACUUUGGUAGGGGAUAGAAGCGUCCAACUGAGUCCGGAACCUAGGCGGUCAAGAACCAACCCGUUCAGCGUCUUAUCCCGGGCGGUGAAGAGACAGGUUGCAGCCAUGGAAGGGGUCAAAGGCAUCUCCUCAGAGGUCACGCUCUCCUGCAUCAAGGGGCCGGUCGAGUUCGACGACGAACAAGUAGUAGUUCUCCGUGAGCAGAGCCUAGGCACCCAGUUACUUGGCUGCUACGACUUUACAUAG